CGAAUUCCGAACAGUAGGCCAGAUUAGUUUUCGGAUGUUCAGUUCCUUUGUAAGAAGCUGACUAAACUGUAUGAUUGUGUUGAUCUUUUUGGUUUAGUUUUGCCACUUUCAUAGCUGCUAUCGUCUACAAAACGAUGUUCUGAUGCACGGCUCAUGCUACAUCUGGUAUAGUGAAGAUGCGACCUGGCUAAAUACAGAAAUAGAGAAGAUAAACCAAGUGUUGAAGAAUUGGCCACGGACACGUGUCUUAACAAUGUCAGUCACUGGUGAUAAUAGAGGUCUCACAUGUGAAUGUGUUAUAGUGAAGAUGCGACUUGGCUGAACACAGAAAUAGAGAAGAUAAACUAAGUGUUGAAGACUUGGCCGCAGAGACGUAUCUAACAAUGUCGGUCACUGGUGGUCAGAAAGGUCUUAAAUGUGAAGUCUGCUUAAAAUAUUUCACGUUUAAGUCCUUCUUAGAAGUACACAUGCACGUUCAUACUGGAGAGAAACCUUUCAAAUGUGAAGUGUGCAAAACAUGUUUUCCAUCCAUUUCCAACUUAAAAAGGCAUAUGUUCACUCAUAAUAGUGAAAACGGUUUCAAAUGUGCAAUGUGCGCAAAAUGUUUUAUAUCCAAUUCCAGCUUAACAAAACAUAUGUCCAUUCAUAAUAAUGAAACGGUUUUCAGAUGUGAAGUGUGUACAAAAUGUUGUGCAAGGGCUGACAGCUUAAAACGGCAUAUGUUGAUUCAUACUGGUGAAAAACGUUUCAAAUGUGAAGUGUGCACAAACCGUUUUACACUCGAUAGCCAUUUAAAACGGCAUAUGAUGAUUCAUACUGGUGAAAAACGUUUCAAAUGUGAAGUGUGCGAAAAACGUUAUCCACUAAGUUACGACUUAAAACGGCAUAUGUUGAUUCAUACUGGUGAAAAACCUUUCAAAUGUGAAGUGUGCGCAAAGCGUUUUACACUCGGUAGCCAUCUAAAACGGCAUAUGUUGAUUCAUACUGGUGAAAAACGUUUCAAAUGUGAACUGUGCUCAAAAUGUUUUACACACCAUACCAAGUUAAAACACCAUAUGUUGAGUCAUACUGGCGACUAACUAAAAAAGCAGUUGCACCUGAAAGUUACAAGGUACCUUUGUAACCUCACCGUGGUGCAGGGGUGUAACAUUCUCUUUGAGAAUGGCCAAUGCAGCACAAAUCCCCUUGUUUUAAAAUUUUGAAUAAAAGUCGGUAUCUAUU